AUGUGUCCCGACUUGUAUAAAGGAUUGAACCUGAAGCCAGAGGACUUGUUGGCAUACGACUCCUCUUUGGUUAGCUUUGAAGGAAAAACCGUCACCCCGAAAGGCAUGAUCAGGCUGCCUGUACAAACAGAUUCAGACGUGGUGGAGGUGAACUUCAUUGUGGUAGAUGCAUACUCCCCCUACACAGCUAUCGUGGCCCGACCAUGGCUUCAUGCACUAGGGGCUGUGUCAUCAACUUUACACCAAAAAGUGAAGUAUCCAUCAGGAGAUGGUGGAGGACCAGCCGUGGAGGUGAGCUGUGAGGAUCUGGAGAAAGUACUCAUCGGGUCAGACCCCGAGAGGUUUUUUCAGGUCGGCUCAGAAUUACCGCCCCAAGAGAAGUCAACACUAAUUGAUUUUCUUAGACAGAAUGUGGACGUAUUCGCCUGGGACACCUACGAGGCCCCUAGGGUUGACCCAGAUUUCAUCUGCCAUCACCUUAACGUUAACCCAGCUGUAACACCGAAGAAACAGCCUCCUCGGCGACUGUCGAAAGAACAUGCCGACGCUGUGAGAGAGGAGGUCACAAAGUUGAAGAAAGCAGGGGCUAUCAAGGAGAAUGCCGGAUCGACCUACUAA